AUGGAGGCCGCAACCAAAGGCUACUUCCGCCUUGCGGGACAAGAGUUCCCCAAGGUCAACUGGCUCACUGACCCUGGUUUGAGAAGGACUUACAUCUGCUUGAUGUUCGUCGUGAUCACCAGUGCCACCAACGGUUACGAUGGCUCCAUGAUGAACGGUCUGCAGGCGCUCACGAUCUGGCAAGAUGUCGUCCUCCAGUCUGCUGCCAUGAAGUUUGGCAUGUUCGUCGGUGCUCGUUUCCUCAUCGGAUUUGGUGUUGCUAUCGCUCACGGUGCAUCGCCUCUGCUUCUUACAGAGCUCACUCACCCUCAACACCGUGCUUUGUUCACAUCGAUCUACAACACCACUUGGUACCUUGGUUCGAUCGUCGCUGCAUGGCUUACCUUCGGAACCUUCCACAUCCACAACCACUGGGCCUGGAGAAUUCCCUCGAUUGUGCAAGCCUUCCCCUCGGUUCUGCAGCUCAUCUUCAUCUGGUUCGUUCCUGAGUCUCCCAGAUUCCUGAUCUCUAAGGGCAAGGUCGAGCAAGCACACAAAGUUUUGGCUGAUGUCCACGCCAAUGGAAACCUCGAUGACGAGGUCGUCAUGCUCGAGAUGGCCGAAAUCAGAGACACCAUCAAGAUGGAGCAGGAGUUCGAGGGCAAUGGUUGGGCUGAGCUGUUCAAGACCCCCGGUAACCGCCACCGUCUGAUCAUUCUCUGCUCGGUCGGUUUCUUCUCUCAGUGGUCAGGCAACGGACUUGUCUCUUACUACCUCACUCUUGUCCUUGACCAGAUCGGUAUCACCGACACCAACACCCAGCUUGUCAUCAACGGUGUCUUGCAGAUCGUCAACUGUAUCGUUGCUGUCGGCCAGUGUUUCUUCGUCGACAAGAUUGGUCGUCGCACUCUCUUCUUGAUCUCAACUUCUGGUAUGAUGGUGGCCUUCUGUGUCCAGACUAUCUGCUCCGCCCGCUUCAAGAUCGAGGAAAGUCAAGCCUCCGCCAACUCCGUCGUCGCUUUCAUCUUCAUCUACUACGUCUUCUACAACAUCGCCUUCUCGGGUCUUCUGGUUGGAUACUCUGUUGAAAUUCUGCCCUACAAGAUCCGUGCCAAGGGUAUGACUCUCAUGUUCUUGUGCGUCGACCUUGCUCUCUUCUUCAACCAGUACGUCAACCCCGUCGCUCUCAAGGCCAUCGAAUGGAAGUACUACAUUGUGUACUGUGUCUGGCUUGGAUUCGAGCUCUUCAUCGUCUGGAAGUUCUACAUCGAGACCCGCAACACUCNNCCCCUCGAGGAGAUUGCCAAGUACUUCGACGGCGAGAACGCUGUUAUCGGUGGUGCUGUCGCUACCGAGAAGGGCAAGGUCCUGGCAGCCGAGAUGGGUGGUCUUGGUACCGUCAACAUGACCGAGAAGGAUGGCAUGGCUGUCGAGCACAGAGAGGUUUAG